CAGAUUGUUUACAUUUUUAGUUAUUUUUGUUUUAUUUAUUUUGUUUUACAAAAUUUUAAAAACUAAUUAAGAACUCUACGGACUGUAAGAAAUGUCUACACCAACUCCAACAGCAUCUACUCAUAAUAAUGGAGACAUUCGACAAGUACCACCUCCUCCACCAGCAGGUCUUAAAGCUUUAAUUGAUAUGUUACAAUGUGUAUAUCCCGAUCAACCGAAUCCCCUACAAGUAACAACAUUACUCAAAUAUUGGCUAGGCGGACAAGAUCCUUUGGAUUACAUUAGCAUGUACAAUAGCCAAGGUGAUGCCGCAAGAGGUAUACCACCGCAUUGGCAUUAUGUCAGUUUUGGCCUCAGUGAUUUACAUGGCGAUGGGAGAGUACAUGCUCUGGAAAAUGAUAAUCCCGAAAUGAAUAUACGCUCUGGAAUGGGAUUCGAAUUGACUUUUCGAUUACAAAAGACCCAAGAAGAACUAAGAGAAGAACAAGAGAAUCCGAGUAAACCAAGAAGACCACCAACGUGGCCUGCAAAUCUUUUGCAAUCUAUUGCACGCUAUUGCUUUCAAACUGGCAACAGUUUGUGUAUUGGUGAUAACAUACCUUGGCGCAAAAGUCUCGAUGGUAAAAGUAGUUCACGUCUGCAAAAUAUACUAAUCGCCCAAGAUGCACAAAUUGGCACACUUGAGACACCUUUCGGAAUGGUAGACUUUUGUCAAAUAGUUGGCGUCACAGAUGAAGAACUAGAACAAGCUUCGCGCUGGAACGGGCGCGGUGUACUAAAUUAUUUAAGACAAGAUAUGCAAACUGGCGGCGAGUGGUUGGUUACCAAUAUGGAAAGAGUCCUAAGUGUUUUUGAACUAUUUCCUGAACGUUUGGUUUCACUGCAAGACGAUCUAGAGAAACAAGGUUCAGAUUUGGCUGGUGUCAACGGUGAAUUUACAUUCCGUGAGGUAGCACGAUCACAGCAUAUCCAACAACAAGAAAUUAAACAAGAAAUCGACUUUCAAACUCUAAAUGCUCAAUGCAUGUCCGAUGAAAAUAACCGCAGCAUGCAACAACAAGAUGACCAACAAAUUAAACGUGAAGACGCCCCAUCAUUCCCGGCAUCCAUGUCAAUGAGUAGCAGUUCAUUGCACAAAUCAUGCCCCCUUGACUAUCAGCCACAAGCUCCAGAGUCCAUUUCAUUGGAUGGCAUUGAAAUUACACUAGCUCCGUAUGCAGCCAAAUAUUUAAUGUUGGCCAUUAAAGAUCGCAUUCGUCACGGACGUCAUUUUACUUUCAAGGCCCAGCAUUUAGCACUGACAUUAGUUGCCGAAUCCGUUACGGGCUCAUCCGUGAGCAAGACAUCGCCGUAUGGUAUCAUUGGCUACUGGAUUCAAGUUUUAAUACCCGAUGACUUAGUGCCGCGAAUGAUGUCCGAUUUUCAACGUGCCAACUUGGAUGGUAGUUCUGAUGUACAGCAGCGUUUAGAAUUUGAAUGGCCAGAUAAACAUCUCAAAUUGAUUAUCGAUCAACCGAGUGUGCACAUGAUACCACCUCAACCUAUGAAUCUCUAGUAUUUCACAUUACUAAAAUCUCUAUAUAUGUAUUUCUUAUAAUAUGCUUUUCUAAAUUAAUAUUACAUUGGUUUGUAAACCUAAGUGCUUCCGUGUUUAAAGUUCUCUAUGUUCUAACAACUAUGUAUUUUUUAACGGAAUUAAAUUAAAGUUGUAUACUUUUUUAGCUGCUUUAAUUUAUUUAUACGAAAAUAUAAAAAUAAAGCUUUUAAUUGAAAA